AUGCCAGGCGAGGAAGAUGCUCCGAGCCCGUGGGUCUGGGCGCGGCACCCGUCUGUCGGCCCCUACGGGCUUGGAGCUGUGGUCCCAGCUGUCCCAUGGUUCCGGGGAGCAGAGGCACCGCGAGCUGCGAUGGAGCCUGGGCUCCUCACUGUCGUCCUGGGCAUUGUCAUGGUGCAGGUGCACACAGCCUCCCAGGACCUGGACCUGCAGAAGGUGGCCUUUCUGUCUUACGUGGGGAGGUUGGGGCAGGGAGGGGCCUGAGUGUCCAGCCCCCCUGCCCCCCAGCCGACGCCAGAGCAGCCUCAUCAGGGGCCCCAGGACCACCCCUCCCCAGGACAGGGCUCCGGCUUCUCUCUCCAGAUCGCAGGAUUCUGGUGGGAAGUUGGGGUGGCCUCCAGCCAAAACCUGGCACUAAAGACCCCAAAGAGGCUGGAAGCCUUGUUCCUGAUCUUGAGUGGACGUGAGCUGACUGUGAAGGUUGCGUAUAACAGCUCAGGAACUUGUGAGACAGAAAAAAUAGUGGGCUCAGAAAUAGACGCUUCAGGGACAUUUGUUUUUCCUGGUAAGAGGGAGAUCCACAUGACAGACGCGGACCACGAGCAGUUUGCCAUUUUGCGGCUGUCCCCCCGCUGACAAGGCAAGGACUACCACGUGCUCAAGUGCUUCACUCGGCGCCCGGAGGACGAAUGGGGACCAGGCUUCCGGCGGUUCCGGGACUUGACUGCACACAUGGGGCUCCACCUGGUGGCCCGGCACGGGAGAUGCGCCGAGCUCCUGAAGGAGGUGAGCCUCGCCCCGGGCUGCGCUGGGCCCCCCGCCAAGCUGGGUUUCCCAUCCCGACAGGGGCCCCAAAUCACUCUGGAUCCUGGGCCUCCAGGGUUAAUCCCCGUGGGCACAGUGGCCAAGGCCCUUCAGUCCUGGCUGUGCUUCUGUCCCCUGCUGGCUUCCUUGCGCCCAGCCGUGCAUGGUUGGUCCAGCCUUUUCCGUCAUGCCGUGUCACCCCAUGACCUGCACUGA